AUGAGAAUACAUUCUUUAGGCAACAAGUGUGAUAUUAGUCAACGUGAAAUUCCGGCUGAAAUUGGUGAACAGUUUGCUGAAAGAAAUGAUAUGUGGUAUUUAGAAACAUCUGCAAAAGAUAGUGACAAUGUAAAUAAAUUAUUUUAUGGCAUUGCUGAAGAAUUAACACAAAAGGCACGUGAAAGCACAUUAGGAAUACGCAAUAAUUCGAAUGAGACAUUUCCAAAAGGUCAAACAAAACCGGUGAAUUCAAGUUGUUGCUAA